GUGCGCGCGCGCACGGCGCUGGAGGGAUUAAGUGGGCGGGGCUGCGCGCGCGCCCUCUCCUUUCCCCCCCUCCCGUCGUCUCCUUUCCUCAGAGAAGUCGGUUAAUGGCGUCAGCGGGUGGCGAUUCCUGGUGCUUGUUGAUGUGGCUGUUCUCACGGGCUGGGUGGUAGUGAGGAGAGAGAGAAGGUGGGGCAUAACUGGCGGGAGGGCUGUGGGGAGCGGGCAAUAAAGCCCAGUUGUCGUCACCGUCCCCGCCUCCGCCGCCGGUGCGACCAGGUGGUGAGGAGAAGAGGUGCUUGGGCUUCCUGCUGCCAUGGGGGCACAGGAUCGGCCUCAGUGCUUCUUCGACAUAGAAAUCAAUCGAGAACCAGUUGGUCGUAUCAUAUUUCAACUUUUCUCUGAUGUUUGUCCAAGGACUUGCAAAAACUUUCUCUGCCUAUGUACAGGGGAAAAAGGAAUUGGAAAAACAACUGGAAAAAAGCUCUGCUACAAAGGUUCCACAUUCCACCGUGUGGUUAAAAACUUCAUGAUACAAGGCGGAGACUUCAGUGAAGGUAAUGGAAAAGGAGGUGAAUCUGUUUAUGGAGGAUACUUUAAAGAUGAAAACUUUAUUCUGAAACAUGAUAGAGCAUUCCUUUUGUCAAUGGCAAACAGAGGGAAGCAUACCAAUGGUUCCCAGUUUUUCAUAACUACAAAGCCUGCUCCUCAUCUCGAUGGCGUACAUGUUGUCUUUGGACUGGUUAUUUCUGGUUUUGAAGUAAUAGAACAAAUAGAAAAUCUGAAAACUGACACUGCCAGUAGACCAUAUGCAGAUGUACGAGUUAUUGACUGUGGGGUGCUGGUUACAAAAUCAGCUAAGGAUGUAUUGGAGAAGAAGAGAAAGGUGUCUGCUCACUCAGAAGCUUCAGAUACUUCCACCAGCAGCUCAUCUACUUCAUCAGAAUCAUCAUCUGACAGUGAAUCUGAAAAUGAGAGAAGUAGGAAAAGGAAACGCAAGAGGAGAACAAAAGCUAAACAAUCAAAGAAGCAACGAAGGGAAGAGAAGAAGAAAGAGGAACUCAAGAACAAACGGACAUCAGGCCAAAGAAGCCAUUCUGACAGAAGUGAAGCAAAUGAAAAAUCAGUGGACCUGAAUGCGAAAAGGGACAAGCCUGUGGUCCGUCCUGAAGAAAUUCCCCCAGUGCCUGAAAACAGAUUUUUGCUCAGAAGAGACGCCCCAGUUAUAAAUACAGAACCUGAACCGAAGCUGCUCGAUAUAGCACCAGCUUUGAAUGACCAGAAGCCUUCAGUAUCUAAAUCUGGAAGAAAAAUCAGAGGGAGAGGCACAAUACGAUACCAUACGCCUCCUCAUUCUCGCUCAUGUUCAGAAUCUGAUAAUGAUGAGAGCAGUGAAACUCCUCCACACUGGAAAGAAGAAAUGAGGAGGUUAAGAGCCUAUAGGCCACCCAGUGGAGAAAAAUGGAGUAAAGGGGACAAGUUGAGUGACCCAGGAAGGUGGGAUGAAAGAAGUCUGUCUCAGAGGUCAAGGUCAUGGUCGCAUAAUGGCUAUUCUGAUCUAAGUAGUGCCAAGUACACUGGCCACCACAAGAAACAUCGGAAAGAGAAGAAGGCAAAGCACAAAAAGAAGGCCAAGAAGCAGAAACACUUUAAGAAGCACAAGCAAAUUAAAAAAAAGAGAUUGUCUACUUCAACAGAGAGAGAAUCUUCUCAUUCUUCUACUAAAAGGACAAGAUCGCCUUGUGAUCGUGAGAGGGUGUCUCACUCUUCCUCACUGACUUCUAGAGAUGACUCCUCUAAAAGGGACUGGUCUAAAUCUGACAGAGAUAAGCAGAGCUCAUUGUCUCCGUCGAGCAGAGACUCCCGGUCGUACUACCGGUCUAGGUCUAGAACCAGAUCCAGAUCUUAUUCCAGAAGAAGCUCUAGGUCAAGAAUGGCUUUUAAGUCUUCUCUGUCUAGGAGCAGGUCAAGAUCUAGCUCUGCCUCCAAACAUCUGAAGAUGGUAUCCAGUUCCCCCAAAAAUGUUGCAGUUCAUUUAAAUGAAUGCAAGCCCGUUAAAGUUGAACCUGUAAGAACAGCAUUACCACAAAAUGAUAAAGUUGUGAUACAGCCUGUUGUUGCUGAAAGCAUUCCAGUUAUACCACUGAGUGACAGUCCUCCACCUUCUAGGUGGAAACCUGGGCAAAAGCCUUGGAAACCAUCCUAUGAGCGUAUUCAGGAAAUGAAAGCCAAGACCACCCACUUAAUUCCUACUCAAACUACUUAUAGUUUAGUAAGUGUCAACGACACAAAUACAUCCUCAUCAUACCAUAAACGAAGAAAGAGUUCGGAUAGUGACCACAGUGGCUAUUCCAAAAAUCAUAGUGAUAGAAGUUCAGAAAGUUGGCGACGGUCUAGGAGCAGGACAUCUCGAAGUAGAUCCUACUCCAAGUCUUACUCAAGAUCAAGAAGUCCAUCCAGUUCAAGAUCUCGAUCUUUAUCGACAGCUAGGUCCAAUUCAGUGAAUAAAUACCCCAGUGACCAGUCAUGCUACAGCGGAUCAUCGUCCUAUUUUUCUCUAAGUGAGGAUGACCGACAGAAAAGCAAAAUGAAAUCUGAACCCAGAGAAAGAAAUUCACAGUCAUCAAAGGAAAGACAAAGUAGUUCUGAAAGUACUCUUCCUUACGUGAAAGAUGCGACUCCUCAGAAGCACAGGGAGAGUGCAAGUAGAUCCUCUUUGGACUUCUCCACAGAUAGCGAGCAGCUGGCUAAGCCACAGCCAGUCCAAGAAAAAGGGCAGUUACAGCAAGAAAAAGCUAAUCGAAAGCGCAAUAAAAACAGUUCGGCUUGUAAUGGACACAAAGAAAAACCUAGGUCUGAGUGGGGCAGUGAUCCUUCCAAAAAAAGAGUUUCGGAAGAGAAAUUGGAGUCUCCAAGAAGUGGUCAGAAAGCAAAAAGGGAAACGCGUACAGACAGUAAGUGGGACUCCGAAUCAGAUUCAGAAAGAGGUGGAAACAGAAACUAUAAAGAAGAUUCAAGAUUGUCUUCUAGUAAGGAAGAAGGGGAAGCUACAUCAGACUCUGACGCAGAUCUUAGCCCUGCCAAGCGUAAGAAAAAAUUGGAUUCCUCCUCAGGAACACUGAAGGCAAGCAAGCAGUCGUCCCCUUCUGAGACGGAGAGCUCCCAUUCCAAUUCUGUUGCUAAGGGAAAAUCAAGAAAGCAAAAACAUGGUUCCAAAAAGAGCCUCAAAAAGUCACAUUCCAAAAAAGCUAAGGAGAAAUCCAAGGGUAAAAAAGAAAAGAAGCGUAAAGCUCAAAAACGAAAGGAGGUGUUUCACUGGCAGCCACCACUGGAGUUUGGGGAGGAGGAGGAGGAGGAGGAGGAAGAGGACAUUGCUGUAAAGCCAGGUGCUAAGAGUGAGAACGAGAAGCAAGUCAUGACUGAUGUUAAAGAUAAAAAUCAAGAUCAGGAUUCUGAAAACAAUAAAAUGCUGAAAGACCAAAUGAGGGGUGACAAAAAGCGCAGUGAAGAGAAUAACUUAGAGAAAACUGGAGGCCAUACAUCACCUGCUGUCAAGCAACUUAGUAAAAUUAUUGGGGAAGAGACAACAUCAGCCCAUGCCCUAAAUCAAGAUAAAAAUACAGAUGUUUCAGAAAGUGCUGGUGCUGCCAAAGUAAAUAAUGAAAAUGAGUCAGAUGUUACCCAGAUGGAUGACAUGGAGAUCUGUACUCCUGAACAUAAUUCGCCUGUAAAAGUUGAUGUGGAACUUUCUCCAGUGAGUCUGAAAGUGAACUUCCAGGACAUUAAAGUUAGUAAGAACACAGAUGUGCCAAGUAACUCCGAAGCAGAGACUACAAAACCAGGACUUGACGCCAGAGAAUUAACUGCUAGUAAAGAAGGCAGCAAAGAGAAACAAAGACCUAAACCCACCACAACAGUUGUAGCUAUGGAAAGUGUGCUGAAAACGGAAAUGUCUGAAAAUGCCCAGAGUAGUGUAGCAGAUAAUAAAUGGAAACCAUUACAGGGUGUAGGGAACCUACAGGUGGCAGCUGCUAGUAAUCCUUCAGAAGCCAAAAAUGUGGCGUCAUCAUCUGAACCAAAACCACAAGGUUUAAGAAUAGAAAUCAAAAGCAAAAACAAAAUUAGACCAGGCUCUCUGUUUGAUGAAGUUAGAAAGACUGCCCGGCUGAAUCGAAGGCCAAGGAAUCGCGAGAGCUCUAGUGAGGAGGAUUCUCCCAGUCGAGAGAACAGCCAGUCAAGGAGCCAUAGCCGGUCACGGAGCAAGUCGGACCCUAAAUCCAGGCACAGAACAAGAUCCCGUUCCUAUAGUCGCUCAAGAAGUCAGUCAAGAAGUUCCACAUCUUCAUACAGGUCACGGAGUUACACGCGAAGCCGGAGCAGAGGAUGGUACAGCAGAGGCCACUCAAGAAGUCGAAGUAGUUCCUAUGACAGUUGCAGGAGCAAUAGUCACACCUAUAGUAGAAGUCAGUCCAGAAGCAGCUCAUAUGAUCACCAUAGUCGAUCAAGCAGGUCCUAUACCUAUGACAGUUACUACAGCAGGAGUCGUAGUCGAAGUAGAAGCAAAAGGAGUGAUAGUUAUCACAGAUCUCGCAGUUACGACAGGCGGUCCAGGACACGUCGUCAAGCAAUCACUCCCAAGCAGGCUUUCAACAACGUACCAAAACCCCAGGCCUCAUGGCAGUCACAAAGAUCCUAUGGCUCAGACAGUGAAAGUGACCGCAGUUAUUCUAACAACCGAAGUCCCAGUGAAAGCAGCAGAUACAGCUGAAAACUAUAACCAUUGAAAAUAUUGAUUGUAUUUAACAGGGUUUUCUUUACAUUAAUACUGUACAGAACUCCUUUUUUUACUGCUCCCAAGUAAAUCUGACAGAUGGCUAAUGAAGUGAGGCCUUACCACUUUUGAGCACAAGUUUUUCUUAUGCUGUCUUCUGUCCUAGAGUUAGAUGUCUCAGCCAUCAAAAUGGGUUUAUGUAGCCUUGGAUUUGCUAGUAUCCCUGUGGCUUGAGAGAGGCCUGCAGUAUCAGAAAAAUCUCUUGAGGAUCACAAGUGGCUUCUAGUCUGCUAUCAAAAAUAUGCUGGCAACUAUGAAUGUGAAGAAUAUUCCAAGGCUAUGUUCUUCAUUGUUUAAAAAUCUAUAUCAAUUCAGUGAUGUCUUGUACGUACAUAGUAUAAACCAGUACAUGGGCCAAUCUGGAUUAGGAGAUUUUAAGACGGGACAUCUGUCUUCAUGCAAUACAGUAGUUAGGUUCAGCUAGGAAAGCUUGUAGCUCUUUCUUGAAAAAAAUUAAAAUCUGUAUAAAGGUAUAUGUUAAGUUUCACAAAAAAGAUACUAGAGAGUUCUAUUUCAAUUCUGUGUUCAUGCUAAGAAUGUAGGAAUAAUGUUGCCUCCUGGAUUUGUAAAAAAAAGGUCUAAGAAAGCCUUUGACAUGCUUAGUCAUAAUGUCUGCUCACCUUUGAAUAUUGGGAGUAGUUUCAUUGGGGACUUUCUGCCCAUCCAUGCUGUAAUGAACGAGGUUUGUACAAGAGAAGUUGCUGUUUGUUUUCCCCCCACUGUCUUCAGAUUACCACAAGUUGAUGUGCUUGUAUUAUAAGACUUUUAUACUAUAGGUAUAAAACAAAGCAAGACAGGGGAGUUCAUUUUUUGGUUUUUAGCACCAAAAAGAGUCUCAGCAGUGACAGGAGACUAUCUGUAAAUUGGUUUACAAAAACUCGUUUUCCAUUCAGAAGAUAAAAGUUCAUGUGUAAAUCAACAUUUCAGUGUAUACAAAUUUUCAUAUUGAAUAAUGACUUUUUUGAGCAGCAGAAAUACCCCUCUGACAACUAGGUGUGAUAGCAGAGGGGAAAUGCUGACUGUGACUGUAGUGGUGAUAACUGAAUUUAACUUUCUAUUAUUUUGAAAUGCUGUACAUUUCUUAAAUGUUAACAAAAUAGGUCUGUUUUUUUGUCAGGAGCCAAACUACAUUUUAAAAUGUGAUUUUCCCCCUUUGCAAUUAAAAUAUGAAUCAUUUAAGUA